CUGGGACGGGCGCUGGGCGCUCCGGCGUAGUUGGUGCCGUCUGUGCGGGUGGGAGAGCGGUGCUCGGGGUCGGCGGCCGUCGAUACGGUGAGCAUGGCGGGGAGGCAGCUCCUGCUCAUCGUUACCCUGCUGUCAAUAUCAAAAUUCAGUGAUGGAUACGUCGAAGCCGUUGGAGCGAGUGUUGAUACGCCACAGCCUCGCUCAGAACCUCAGGUAGCGAUGGUUUGCGAUCAGGCGUCGCUGUACCACAACCAGUACAUGGACUCCGCCGGACGCUGGGUCACAGAUCUGGCUCACCAAGACGGCUGUCUUCAGAACAAGGACGCCAUUCUGGACUAUUGCAAAAAGCUGUACCCGAAGCUGGAGGUGACCAACAUCGUUGAAUCGACUCACUCCUUCAUGAUCGAUGACUGGUGCAAGGUUGGACAUGAAGAAUGCAAGGAGUCAUACUGGGUCAAGCCUUACAGAUGCCUGGAAGGGAAAUUCCAGUCAGACGCUUUAUUGGUUCCUGAACCAUGCCAAUUUGACCAUAUCCACAAUGGGUCUUGGUGUUGGGAUUUUGAUAAGUGGAACAUGACUGCAGACAAGGCGUGCCGUGAGCGCAGAAUGAAUCUGAGAACCUUUGCUAUGCUGCUUCCUUGCGGCACCGACAUAUUCACUGGUGUCGAAUUUGUCUGCUGCCCGAAGGAAAACGACCCCACCCCGAAACCCCAGCCAUUCGAGAAGAACUACCCGCCUCAGCUGACGUCCGAGAUCAACAUCGACGCUGAGGAGAUCACUCUGGAGCCAGAUAAUGAAACUGUGGAGACCACCCGGGACCCUUACUUGACCCGAUUCGACCCGCGAGUCGAGCAUGACGCCUUCAGGGCGGCCGAAAAGCGUCUGGAGACGGCGCAGAGAAGGAAGAUGAAGAGGAUCAUGCACAAGUGGACUGAGCUGGAGGAAAAGUACCAGAAGAUAAAAGCCAGCAACCCGGCAGAGGCAGACAAGUUCAAACUGAAGAUGACAGCCCACUUCCAGAAGCUGAUGAAUGAGCUCAAAGACCAGGGCUCAGCGGAAAAACAGCAGCUGGUUGGCCUUCACCAGCAGCGGAUCGUCGCUCACAUCAAUGAACGAAAGAAGGACAGCAGGUCGUGCUUUAUCCGUGCGCUGAAUGAGAAACCACCGCAGACCAGUUCGGUACACAAGUGCCUGAGUCGGUUUGUGCGAGCCCUGUACAAGGACCGGCACCAUACCAUCUCCCACUUCCGGCACCUCCUUUCCACCGACCCAGAGGCGGCCAGCGACCAGCAGGCCGCCACAGUCCAGCACCUUCGUGACAUUGACCUCAUGGUCAACGACAGCGUGCACAUGCUGGACCGCUACCCGUCCAUCAAGGUGAAGAUUCUACCGGAGCUGUCUCAGACGCUGGGUGAGCUGCGUCGCCAGGACUCGACGCCGGCCGAGCUGACGUCUGGCCUCUCGCUGGAUGCCGCUGCCGAGGUCCAGGACAUGGUCCGCAAGGCGGCCGACGACCGGGCCACCAAGCAGCGCAUCCUCGCAGACGAGCGGCGCGCACGUGACGCCAAGCAGGCCACCAACCAGGAGGCGCGCCAGGAGAUGCGGCGUGUGGAGGCUUCGGCCGGCCACCCGGUGGACGACUUCGACCCGGAGACGAUGGAAGACGAGGCGGUGGGCCGGACCGAGGCGGCCAUGGCCGAAAGACGCGUCCAGCCGAUCCUUUCGCACGCCCAGUCGCACGAGCACACGCAGGGCGAGGCGACUUACCGCGUGCGUCGCCCGGCGAGCGGAGGCGGCGGGCGCGGUCUCUACUUCACCGUGGCGCUGGCCAGCAUCGCGCUCACCGUGGCGCUGGUGGCGGGCGUGCUCACGCUGCGACGCCGCCAGCGAGCGCCGCGCAACCUCGGCUUCGUCGAGGUCGACCAGGCGGCCGCGCCCGAGGAGCCGCACGUGGCCCAGAUGCAGGUCAACGGCUAUGAGAAUCCCACCUACCGAUACUUUGAGAGCAAAUGAAGGCACCAGCCGGGGACGGCACUGCAGCAAUCGACAGUGUGUCUGCAAGGUGUGCGCUGCCCCCAGCGGCCGCAGGCGUUUCUGUUUGAUGGUUGAGCGUUUCCUCAUAAAUGGACAUCAAACAAAAGGUUAUUGGUCGGCCAUCAUAAGUGUAUAUAAACGUACCUUGUGUAUACGCUUCGGUUUGACACUGUGAAUCGCGGUAGCUAGCGUGCAUUUUAGACGUGAUGUAUGCGGCUAUAUAUCCGAAUGAGAUUAUACCACGUAUAUGUGAUGUGCCAUGCUUUGAUGUCCUAUCCAUUGUUUCUAGUUAUAUUUCCUGGCGAUGACGAUGUGCCACGGAAUUUCAGCUUUACCUCGUUAGCUCGCUUGCCAGUAUUGAGACCGGCAGGGCUUUACGUUACGUGUACUGUAUAACCCGCACCGGCCCUCUCGAGGGCAGCUGUUUGAAACAUUCCUUGUGCUCCUCCUCCUAUUCGUUCGCAAUGUCUCCCGUACUCUGUAAGUGCGUGAUGUGACGUACCCGAGGCCGGUGCCCACGGGCGGUGCUAUUCUGGGGGCCAGCGCCCUCCGCUCGGCCUGGACCGCGUUCGCGGGUGUCGAACUGGUCCAGACGAGGUCGGGUCCCGUGUCCCGACAGACACCUCUAGUCAGCUGGCCGACGUCAUAGUCUGUUCGAGAGACAAACAGCUGUGAGCACCGCGAAUAAAGCAGCUAGAUUUGGA